AGUUUGAUGCGGAGGUGAGAAGCAGGGCUGGGGCCGGCCAGGCUGGGGCUCGGGAGCGGGGCCCCUGCGCCGCCCGCGGGGGGGAGCAUGCGUCUUCCUUCCGGAGGGAGCCGGAUAAACGAGUCACGUUUUACUACCACUUCAACGGAUCCGUCCAAAAAGAAUCCUUAGCAUUGGGUAGCAGCGCGGGCGUCCUAACGGCCGCUCAGCGAGCGCGGCGGAAGCGCGGUGGCGCCGUCGCCGUCGCUGCCACUCCCGGGCGCGGCGGCCUGGGACCAGCGGGAAAGCGUGGCGGGCCCUGAAGAUGGGCGGUUGAGCCGAGCCGCAGGGCCCAACUGCAGUUGCCGGGUCCGGGUGGUGGGCGCGCUGCGCUGUCCCAGUGGCCCUGCCCCCGUGGCCGGCAGGUGGGAGGACCGGCCCGCGAGCUGGGACCAGGUGAAGGAAGCAGUACCUUGAAGAGGAAGUGGAGGGAGAGUCAAUUCUUAGUGUAGCAGAGAGAUGGAGAGCAGCAAACAGGAUGUCACGGCACCGCUGAUCUUUGCCAUCUCCAUCGCUACGAUAGGCUCUUUCCAGUUUGGCUACAACACGGGAGUCAUCAAUGCUCCCGAGAUGAUCAUAAAGGACUUUCUCAACAACGCUUUGAAUAACACACACAACAACCCUCGCGAUGAGGUGUUACUCACUUCCCUCUGGUCUUUGGCUGUGGCCAUCUUCUCCGUCGGUGGUAUGAUUGGCUCCUUCUCCGUUGGACUCUUUGUCAACCGCUUUGGCAGGCGCAAUUCGAUGCUCAUCGUCAACCUGUUGGCUGUCGCUGGUGGCUGCCUUUUGGGGUUCUGCAAAAUAGCCAAGUCGGUUGAAAUGCUGAUCCUGGGCCGAUUGAUUAUCGGCCUCUUCUGCGGCCUCUGCACAGGUUUUGUGCCCAUGUACAUUGGUGAGAUCUCGCCUACCGCCCUGCGGGGGGCCUUUGGCACUCUCAACCAGCUGGGCAUCGUCGUCGGGAUUCUCGUGGCUCAGAUCUUUGGCCUGAAAGUCAUCCUGGGGACAGAAGAGCUUUGGCCCCUGCUGUUGGGCUUCACCAUCAUUCCCGCGAUCCUACAAAGCGCAGCCCUUCCCUUCUGCCCGGAGAGUCCUCGAUUCUUGCUCAUUAACAGGAAGGAAGAGGAGAAAGCCAAGGACAUCCUCCAGCGAUUGUGGGGCACCCCGGAUGUGACUCAGGACAUCCAGGAGAUGAAAGAUGAGAGUGCUAGGAUGGCACAAGAAAAGCAACCCACGGUGCUGGAGCUCUUCAGAUCGCCCAGCUACAAGCAGCCCAUUAUCAUUUCCAUCAUGCUCCAGCUCUCCCAGCAGCUCUCUGGAAUCAACGCGGUGUUCUAUUACUCAACAGGCAUCUUCAAAGAUGCGGGCGUCGAGGAGCCAAUCUACGCCACCAUUGGUGCGGGUGUGGUUAAUACCAUCUUUACCGUCGUUUCUCUGUUUCUGGUGGAAAGGGCAGGGAGGAGGACCCUGCAUAUGAUUGGCCUUGGAGGGAUGGCUUUUUGUUCCAUCCUCAUGACCAUCUCCUUGUUACUAAAGGAUAACUAUAAUUGGAUGAGUUUUGUCUGUAUUGCUGCUAUCUUGGUCUUCGUGGCCUUCUUUGAAAUUGGCCCAGGCCCCAUUCCCUGGUUUAUUGUGGCCGAACUCUUCAGCCAGGGACCCCGCCCAGCUGCCGUGGCAGUGGCUGGUUGUUCCAACUGGACCUCCAACUUUCUGGUGGGGCUACUCUUCCCUUCAGCUGCAUUCUAUUUAGGAGCCUACGUUUUUAUCAUCUUUACCGGCUUCCUUGUUAUCUUCCUGAUCUUCACCUUCUUCAAAGUCCCUGAGACCCGUGGCAGGACUUUUGAGGAAAUCACACGAGCCUUCGAAGGGCAGGCGAGGGAGGCUGUCAGAGGUGAGAAAGGCCCCAUCAUGGAGAUGAACAGCAUCCAGCCCGUGAAGGAGACCGCCACCAGCGUCUAAGCCGUGCCUCCUCCCCGCCUCCCUCCCAACACGGAAAAGCAACCUCUCCCCAGAGGAGGGAGAGACCUCAUCAGGUUGUAACCCAGGACUGUUUCCGAAUGCUGCUACUUGAUUCCUUUCUCUUCCCUCCACACACCAUGAGCACUCAGAGGGGCCCAAUGCUGGACUUAGUUGUAUCUUCAAUGGCUUUCGAAACAUUUCAGUUCUUGGACAUUUCUCUUCCGUGUAGAAGAGACCAAGUGAACCUAGCUUCAUCUCCGGAGGGACUGGCCACUUGGCUUAUGACAACAUUGCCAGCUCUUCCUCCCUUGGCUUCGACUAUGGCCCCACGAGGGCCUACAGGGGAGUAAGAGUGAGGUACAGUUUCCCUGACCCCAGACUUACCAGGAAGCAGAUCUACAGGAGUGUGGAGGGCAGAGAGGGAUUAAAUACGAGCACCUUCCUCACUUCCAUACAGCUCUCUGCAGAGCAGAUUAUCUUGAGUUUUAUUUAUUUUUACCUUCUGGUUUUAUUGCACAAAUAUUUAUUUUUUUAAGUGUGAAGUCAUUUUACCAAAUAAUGGAAACGUAAGGAAAUUGAGGUUAGAGGGAGGCGCUUAAAGAGAGGUUUAUAGGGUAGAAGAUUCGAUACUGGCGAGGUCAAGGUGCAAUAAGGGAAGAUUUGCGGAGAAAAGUAAUGUUAUCGGAGGGGGCACGAUGGGGUGCGUGAACGAUGCGCGUUGCCUCUCAGCGAUUUCUGUCUUUCAGGUGGAAACUCUCAAGUUAAAUUUCUCAGAGAAGUCAUGUGCCUGUAUUAAGAAGCUACCGGUUACCUUUGGAACUUUUUUCUUUGUUUAAGAUUUUAUGUAGUGUUACUUGAAAUCUCGGGUUAUUAUUGAGAUGGGCAUUGUAGUUAAUGGUGGUUAACGGGUUCUAAUUUUGGUUGGAGUCCGGAGAAGGGAAGGCUGUUUCUAGCAAUCCUGUCUCCCAUCGCUGGACCAAACAACUCCCUCCCCUUGUAGUGGACUCACUUUUUUGUAUUUUGUUUUUUUAAUGAGCUCCUACCACCUGCCUGGUGGGAGAGCCUUCCCAAUGAGCAUCCCAAAAUAUUGGUUCUUGGUAGAGGUUCAGUAUUUCUAAAUGUUAUUCUUUAGGAGAUUUUAGGUGUUGAUUUUUAUUUUGUUUUAAGCCAUAGCUUUAAAAGAAUUCAGAGGAGAAUGUUGGUAACUACCUUGAAUUUGUAACCUCAGCUCUGGGGGUGGGUCUUUUCCUGAAUGAUUAUUAUCCAGUUGAACUAUAUGUUGUCGCUUUAAGGUCAUUGCAUGUGUGUUCAUCUGUUGCCAUAUUUCCAUAGCGUUACGUCAAGUGCCCUUCGGGGCCGUACAUUUGAGACCGUUAUGAGUAAACGUGCAGUGUAACCCACA